AUCAAGCAAACAAAAUUGUGUACUCUUCAUUUACCCAUUUUCUGCUCUGAUCAUUUAUAUAUCGAUGGAGAAAGCAACUGAGAGGCAGAGGAUUUUGCUCCAGCAUCUACGACCAUCCCUCACUAAUUCCUCUCUCGAAGAUGUCGAUUCUAUUUCCGCAUCUAUAUGUUCGGCCGGGGACAGUGCAGCAUAUCAGAGGUCUUCUAUCUUUGGUGAUGAUGUGGUUAUAGUGGCUGCCCACCGGACUGCUCUAUGCAAGGCAAAGAGGGGUGGCUUCAAAGAUACGUAUGCUGAUGAUUUACUUGCCCCUGUUCUGAGGGCAGUCAUAGAAAAAACUAAUGUAAAUCCAAGCGAAGUCGGGGAUAUUGUUGUAGGCUCGGUACUGGCACCGGGCUCCCAAAGAGCCAGUGAAUGCAGGAUGGCAGCGUUUUAUGCCGGUUUCCCUGAAACUGUUCCGGUUAGAACUGUGAAUAGGCAGUGUUCUUCUGGCCUUCAAGCUGUUGCUGAUGUCGCUGCAGCUAUCAGAGCUGGGUUUUACGAUAUAGGGAUUGGUGCUGGAAUAGAAUCAAUGACUGUUAAUCCCAUGGCUUGGGAAGGAUCAGUCAAUCCACGGGUGAAAACAAUGGUCCAAGCGCAAGAUUGUCUUCUUCCAAUGGGUAUAACUUCAGAAAAUGUUGCACACCGUUUUGGCGUGACAAGGAAGGAGCAAGAUCAGGCUGCAGUAGACUCGCAUAGAAAGGCAGCUGCUGCCACCGCCUCAGGAAAGUUCAAAGAUGAGAUCGUUCCUGUAAAAACUAAGAUUGUGGACCCAAAAUCUGGAGAUGAGAAAGAAGUCACAAUAUCUGUUGAUGAUGGUAUACGACCAAACUCCUCUGUGGCAGACUUGGGCAAGCUGAAGCCAGUUUUCAAGAAAGAUGGCACAACAACAGCCGGGAACUCGAGCCAAGUGAGUGAUGGUGCUGGAGCCGUACUUCUCAUGAAGAGAAGUGUUGCCAUGCAGAAGGGGCUUCCCAUCCUUGGAGUAUUUAGGACCUUUGUUGCUGUUGGUGUAGACCCUGCUAUCAUGGGUGUUGGCCCUGCAGUCGCAAUUCCUGCUGCUGUCAAAUCUGCUGGUCUUGAACUUGAGGACAUAGACCUAUUCGAGAUAAAUGAGGCGUUCGCUUCUCAAUUUUUAUACUGCCGUAACAAGCUCGGACUUGACCCUGAGAAGAUUAAUGUGAACGGAGGCGCGAUGGCUAUUGGACAUCCCCUGGGCGCAACAGGAGCUCGAUGUGUAGCUACCUUGUUGCAUGAGAUGAAGCGCCGAGGCAAAGAUUGCCGCUAUGGUGUGGUGUCAAUGUGCAUAGGCACAGGGAUGGGAGCUGCUGCUGUUUUCGAACGAGGGGACUCAUGUGACGAGCUUUGCAAUACUCGAAAAGUCGAAUCUCAGAAUUUUCUGUCCAAGGAUGCUAAAUGAGCAGUUGAAGUUUCGGCAUUGUGAUGAUAAUAUAUGCUAAAAAGAAACAACUGUUGGGAUGGUAAUAAUGUAGAACUGGACAUCGAGGGCUCUGGUCCUUCACCACAUUUUUAUCCUUAAAUGAUUUUACAGGUUAUGGUUAAAUUGUGAUGAUUUUACAGAUGGUUAAUCGUAUUGAUAAACUUAUUUAGUUA